AUGUUCAGGCGUGUGCUUGUAAUUUCCUCUCUUCUUUUGUCUCUGUUUCUCUCCUCCUCCUCCUCCUCCUCCUCUGCUCAAACAUGUGAGAUGUACGGCUUCUCAAGCAACAAGGUCUUCAGCUCCUGCUAUAAUCUCCCAUGUCAGAACUCUUUCCUGCAUUGGAACUACAACUCAUCCUCUGGAAGCCUCCAAAUCGCUUUCAGGCAUCUAAUGCUGACGUCCAGAUGGGCUGCGUGGGCCAUCAACCCCAAUGGCUUACAGUUACAGACCGCCAUGAUUGGAGCACAAGCAGUUGUUGCUUACCAGCUAACCAAUGGAACCAUGAGAGCCUACACUUCCCAGAUCAAAAGUUAUGCCACCACCAUGCCUGAGGGAAAUCUGAUUUACAAUGUCUCUGAUUUGACGGCAACUUAUGCAAAUAAUGAGAUGAUUGUUUAUGCCACCUUGGCUCUGCCAAUCGAUACCACCACUAUCAACCAGGCUUGGCAAGAGGGCCCCGUUACAAAUGAAAGUCCAGGAGCUCAUUCUUUUGAAAAUGAUAAUACUAUUUCCUUCGGGACCCUCAACCUUCUUUCCAGGCAGUAUGCAAGAGCGGAAAAAUUACAAGCCUUCAGCAAAAAUCUGCAUGGAAUGGCAAAUGCAGUCAGCUGGGGAAUCAUGAUGCCUGUUGGUGUGAUGAUAGCAAGAUACGCCAAGGUAUUCAAAUUUGAAGACCCUGCAUGGUACAAAAUUCAUGUCAUCUGCCAGAGCUCAGCUUAUGUUGUUGGAGUUGCUGGAUGGGCAACUGGUGUUAAACUCGGCAGUCACUCUACAUGGGUCGAAUACAGAGGGCACAGAACACUUGGCAUUCUCAUAUUCAUCCUUGGAACACUUCAGGUGUUUGCUUUGGUUCUAAGGCCCAAAAAGGAUCACAAAUACAGAUUUCACUGGAAAAUAUGUCACUAUUCAAUUGGAUAUCUUGUUAUUCUUCUCGCCAUCAUUAACAUAUUCAAAGGAUGUAAUAUUUUGAAGCCCCAGAAGACAUAUAAGAAUGCAUACAUUGGCUUCAUUGUGGCUUUGGCUGUCAGUGCUGUGUGGUUGGAAGUGUUUACUUUGUAUGUUUUUUUGAAGAGGAGGUCAGAAAGUGCUGCCAAAAAGCCUCAGGGAUUCAAUGGAGCAAAUUGGAGCUAA